AUGGAGUCUGCAAUCGCAAUUCAGGAGGGGCCGGGGCGGCGGCGCUCGGCGGUAGAGCUCGCCGCGGGUGACAUGCAAGCGGCGCCGGCGCGCUACGUGUCGUCGAGCGAACUGUACUCGGCCGACGAAGUGGAGCUGCUGCUGGAGGAGAUCCGCGAGCUGGAGCCGACGAGCUGCCGCGGCGAGGAGGUGCAGGACUUCGAGAUCGCGGGCAGCGGGUGCGCGGGCGCGGGCGGCCGCUCGCCCGCCGCCACCGACCUCACCGACCACACCGACCACUCGUGGGACUCGCACGCGCACUACUCGCGCGCGCCGCCGCCGCGCCCGCGCCCGCUGGCGCCGCUCUACUGCCGCCUGCGCCACCUGCGCAGCCCCGAGGGCGCCCUCACGCUGCUCGUCGUGCUGUGCUGUGCGAGCACGUGCGGCUGCCUGUGGGCGGGCGUGGGGCUUCGCGUGGGGCAGCUGCCGCUGGCGGGGCGCGUGCGGCUGCUGCAGCUGGCGGCGCUCUCCUCGUUCAUGCUGCACUCGUUGCUGCUCGCCAUGCACGUCACCCGCCUCGCAGACCUGCUGCCCAUCGACUGGAACAAACUGGGCGGGUGCGCCGGCGCGUGGAGCGCGUCGUCCCUGGCGGGGGGCGGCGUGGUGACGCUGCACGCCGUGCUGCUGGCGCCCGCCUACCGCUACACGCCCCACCAGCUGGCGCAGCUGCUGCUGGCCGCCGCCGGGCUGGGGCUGAGCGGCGCGUGCCUGGCGGCGUGGCUGGCGGUGGGCGCGGUGCGCAGGGCGCGCGCCUCGUGCCUGCGGCUGGGCGGGGGCGGGGGCGGGGGCGGGGAAGGGGCGGGGGCGGGGGCGGGCUCGUCGCGCCGCUCCAGCGGCCAGGCGUACCGCGCCGUGCCGCAGCCGCAGCCGCAGCCCUCCACCUCGCGCGACCACCCCUUA